AUGGGUGGUCUCCGUUCAUCUAAAAUUUCCUUAUUCCCGCCGGCUAUCCUCUUUUCGUCGCUGCUGUUUCUUCUAUCCUCUAUCGCCGACGGAGCAACGCCGUCGUCGUCUUCUUCUUCUUUCAACCUUUCCACGUUGGCCUUCGACGACGCCUACUCUCCCCUCUUUGGCGACGGCAACGUCCUCCGCUCACCUAAUGGCCGCUCCGUCCGCCUCCUCCUCGACCGCUCCUCCGGUUCGGGGUUCAUAUCAUCGAAAAUGUACAACUACGGAUUCUUCAGCGCCAACAUCAAGCUCCCCGGCGAGUACACAGCUGGCAUAUGCGUCGCCUUCUACACGUCAAACGGCGACGUGUUCGAGAAGAGGCACGACGAGCUGGACUUUGAGUUUCUGGGUAACGUGAGGGGGAAGCCGUGGCGGUUUCAGACCAACUUGUACGGCAACGGCAGCACUCACCGUGGGCGGGAGGAGAGGUACAGCCUCUGGUUCGAUCCGGCCAAAGAAUUCCACCGCUACAGCAUCCUCUGGACGCCCGACCAAGUCAUAUUCUACAUUGACGACGUCCCAAUUCGAGAAAUAAUCCGAAACGACGAAAUGGGCUCGGAGUACCCAUCGAAGCCCAUGUCACUCUACGCCACCAUCUGGGACGCUUCCACUUGGGCCACCUCCGGCGGCCGGUUCAAGGCCGACUACAAGUACGCCCCCUUCGUCGCCGAAUUCAAGGACCUCGCCCUCGACGGCUGCCCGCUCGAAGCCGUCCAGCAGGUCGCGUCGGCGGCGGAGGAAUUGGACUGCUCCGACAGCCACGCCCGGCUCGCCGCCGCCGAUUACUCCACCAUUUCCCGAAAGCAGCGAUACGCCAUGCGGAGGUUCCGGCAGCGGUACCUCUACUACUCCUACUGCUACGACACGCUGCGGUACCCGAUCCCGCCGCCGGAGUGCGUGAUCGACCCGAUGGAGAAGGAGAGGUUUAAGGACACCGGGAGGCUGAAAUUCGGCGGCAGCCACCGGAGCCCUAAACGGCGGUCCAAGAGAAGGAGCCGGGCUCGGGUUGUCCCGGUUAUUGUUGAGGACCCGGAUAUGUGA